GGGGUAGGUUGGUGUCGGUGUGCUGCUGGAGCUGGGAGCGGGGCUGGGGAGAAAGCCGUGCAUUUAAAACCGCCCAGGGAAGGCACCGCAGUUCCCAGCCUGUAGUUUUGUUUCUCCGCUCCUUCACAUCCAUCCUCCGUCGGGCGCCAGUCGCUCUCCCUGUCUCUCACGCAGGCUCGGACCGGUCCAGGAUGAGUGGGUCCGGACGAAGGCAGAGCCGGUUUACCUGAACAAGUGGACCCCAGACUCCUGUCGGCACUUUUUUUUUUUUAACCAACACUCCUCUGCUCUGACUUCUUAUUGAAUUGGAUGCCCUGUCGGACUGCUACUGCAUUUUCUGGAGGAGUCUGGACCAGUCGAGUUUGUGUGAACUUCAGGGUUUAUGUUGCUAAUAACAGUUUAGCUAGCUUAUGGAGGUGAGCAUUGUUUACAUGUUGUAAUUGGAUUUUCCAUCAUUUCCAGCUGGAGCAGAAGCAGCAGCAGCAGUAGUAGGAGUAGGAGUAGCAGCUCAGGUCAGGGUUUUCUCCUCCUUCCUUCUCUUCUUCUUCCUCCACUUUUGCCAAGUUUGGAUCCUCCUUGCAGAUCAAGAUGGGACUACCUGCCCUGGAGUUCAGUGACUGCUACCUGGACAGCCCUCUGUUCAGGGAGAGGCUUAAGUCUCACGAACUGGAGCUGGACAAGACCAACAAGUUCAUUAAGGAGCUGAUUAAAGACGGAAAGGCUCUGAUCCAGGCUUUGAAAAAUCUUUCCACGGCCAAGAGGAAGUUUGCGGACUCUCUCAAUGAAUUUAAGUUCCAGUGUAUCGGAGAUGCCGAGACAGAUGAUGAGAUCUGCAUAGCCAAAUCUCUUCAAGAGUUUGCAGCCGUCCUUCAAAACCUGGAGGACGAGAGGACACGGAUGAUCGAGAAUGCUAAUGAUGUGUUGAUUAUGCCUCUGGAGCGGUUCAGGAAAGAGCAGAUCAGCGCGGCUAAGGAAGCUAAGAAAAAAUAUGACAAAGAAACAGAAAAGUAUUGUGCCGUGCUAGAAAAACAUCUCAGCCUUUCAGCGAGGAAAAAAGAAUCCCAUCUGCAUGAGGCAGACAAUCAGGUCGAUAACGUACGCCAGCAUUUCUACGAAGUUUCUCUGGAGUACGUCUUCAAGGUGCAGGAAGUCCAGGAAAGGAAGAUGUUUGACUUUGUUGAGCCUCUCUUGGCAUUUCUCCAAGGCCUGUUUACUUACUAUCACCACGGAUACGAGCUGGCCAAAGACUUCAACCACUUCAAGACUGACCUCACCAUCAGCAUACAAAAUACGAGGAACCGUUUUGAGAGCACUCGGUCUGAAGUUGAGAGUCUGAUGAGGAAGAUGAAGGAGAAUCCACAUGAACACAAAAGUGUCAGCCAGCACACCAUGGAGGGAUACCUGUUCGUACAGGAGAAACGGUCAUUUGUAUCUUCCUGGGUGAAGUACUACUGCACAUAUCACCGCGAGCCCAAGAGGGUCACUAUGGUUCUGUUUGACCCUAAAUCAGGAGGGAAAAUGGGGGAAGAGGAGAGUUUUAUUCUCAAGUCCUGCACCAGGAGGAAAACAGACUCUAUAGAGAAGAGGUUUUGUUUUGACGUGGAAGCUGUGGACAGGUCGGGCGUAAUAACCAUGCAGGCUCUGUCAGAGGAAGACCGCAGGCUGUGGAUGGAGGCUAUGGAUGGGAGAGAACCGGUAUACAAUCUUAAUAAAGACAACCAGGCAGAAGGCAUGGCUCAGCUGGACGUAAUUGGAUUUAAUGUGAUGAAGAAGUUCAUCUAUGCUGUGGAGACACGAGGUAUUGAUGAGCAGGGCUUGUACAGAAUCGUUGGCGUCAACUCCAGAGUACAAAAACUACUGAGCCUCGCCAUGGAUCCUAAGACGUGUGCUGACGUGGAGCUGGACAACCCGGAAUGGGAGAUCAAGACCAUCACAAGCGCUAUCAAGCACUAUCUCAGAAUGCUGCCUGCCCCUCUCAUGACAUACCAGUAUCAAAGAAGCUUCAUCAAAGCUGCCAAGCUGGACAACCCAGAGGCCAGAGUGACGGAGAUCCACGCUCUGGUUCACCGGCUGCCCGAGAAGAACAGACAGAUGUUGGAACUGCUGAUGAAACACCUGUCCAAUGUGGCCAAUCACCACCAGCAGAACCUGAUGACCAUCGCCAACCUGGGUGUGGUCUUCGGCCCGACUCUGCUCCGUCCACAGGAGGAGACGGUGGCCGCUAUAAUGGACAUCAAGUUCCAGAACAUUGUGGUGGAAAUCCUCAUUGAGCACCAUGAGAAGAUAUUCAGGGACAUGCCAACCUCGGCCAGCGGUCCGACCGGCCUUCAGCACAGUCAGUCCCGGAGAAGGAGUGCUGAAAGCAAGGCCCCGUCCUGCAGCGAGAGGCCUCUCACACUGUUCCACACCCCGACACAUUCACAGAAAGGUGAGAAGAGGAACAGUGUCGUGAACGCCACGGUGGCCGAGCUCCAGCAGUCGGUGUCUACCUCGGCCAACUGUAACAGCAGCAGCAGUAGCAGCAGCAGCAGCCAAGGACGAACGCCCAGACACAGCCUGACCAGCAAUGACGGAGAGCACGACACCCGGCAGAUCCGGCCCAGCUCGCUGUUGAACCCUAAGAGUCGCGGCAGCAUACCAGCAACCAGUGCUACAUCUCCCAGCCCCACCUCCCCACGAUCUCCCUCAUGGCCGAUGUUCUCCGCCCCGUCCAGUCCCCAGCCGACGUCAUCCACCUCCAGUGACUCCUCCCCUGUCAGUGUCGCGGGCAGGAAGGCUCGAGCGCUGUACGCCUGCAAGGCAGAGCAUGACUCGGAGCUGUCCUUCAUCGCUGGGACCAUCUUUGAAAACGUUCAUUCGUCCAGGGAACCCGGCUGGCUGGAAGGGACUCUGGACGGACGAACAGGACUGAUACCAGAAAACUACGUGGAGUUUCUGUAGCACCAGGUCUAGGAAAAAAAAAGACCUGAACUGGACCGCUGUGGACCGGAACAGAGCAACUGGA